GUUUUCACGAGUUUGUUGGAAAGAAAAGCUAUUUUAACAUGGAGCUUGACCCAGGAGGGUUCAAAGAGGAAGCAGUACCACUGAUAAUGGGGAAGGAGCUGAGCGGCGGCGAAUCACGUUCAAAAACUGAAAACAUGGACCCAUUGACGCAGAUGUCAUCGGAGCAGAAAACCAACGAGAAACUGAUGAUGAUUAUAGACGACCAGGCGAGGCAAAUCCGAGAACUCAUGCAGACAAUCAAGGACCAGACGGCUAAAAUUGACAGCCUGGCCGCCCAGAUGAAAUUGUUGGUGGUGCUUGAUAUUGCCAUAGUGCAUGAAAAGUGGCUGACGCUGAGAAAGAAACGGGUGUGGUGGCCACCACCCACCAUAUAAGCAGCAAGUACGAGUAAGG